AUGCCCCAAUUAUCAAAUUCAAUACUAGUGCUACUAGGCGGUGGUCAUGCGUCAGGUAAAAAAACAACAGCAAUAGCUUUGAAAAAGGAAUUACUUUCCUCGAUGCCUGAAUCUUCCAUUAAUGUAAAGAUAAUUGAUAUGAAUGAAUAUACAACUUAUGGGAAAUCAUCAGUUGAUUCUAGUCAAUUUCCCAAUUCAAAAUCAGCAGCAAUAACUGUUAAUAAGGAAGAAUUUUUUCAAUCAUUUCCGAAAUUAAAACCAUCAAGAUUUGACUUUACCAGAUUAAAGAAUGAUUUGAAUGAAAUGAAUCAAACUUCGUCAGAUCGAUCAACACAAGAUAUUAUAAUUGUUCAUGGAUUAUACGCAUUAUAUGACAAAGACUUGAGGGAAAUGUCUCACAUAAAAGUAUUUAUAGAUAGUGACUCGGAUACAAGACUAAUAAGAUGGAUAAAUAGAGAUGUUUUAACAAAUAAAGUAGAAAGUUUAGAGACCGUUAUCAAUGCAUAUUUAUUGGGAGCUAGAAUUGAAAUGAGUGAUUAUAUCUUCCCAACAAAAGAAUUCUCAGAUGUCAUUAUGCCACGAGGAUUCGAUGCCAAUGCAGUAAAAUUGAUCAUUGAUGGGAUACUACUAUAUUUCAAUGAUAAAUCUAUUCAACCUAAGAGAUCAAGUUUACCUGCAAACAAUUUAAGACCAGCUGUAAUUGGAAAUUUUGAAAAAGAAAAAUUUGAUGUACAAAAGAACAAAUUUUAUCAAUUAAAUUGA